UUAAUAUUUAUAUUUCAAUAUUUAAUCAAAUUAUUUGAAUAAAGGAAAAUAUAGCAAAAUAAAAGGAUGAAUAUGGAAGAUAAAGAAAGAAAAGAUUUUCACGAAGUUGAGCUUGAAGGAAAUUACGCUUCUAACGAAAGCGCUGAUGACCAUAUUAAUGUUAAUGAGCAUUAAAAUCAAAAUGAUAGAUAACCAAUUAUUCCAAGACAAUCAGAGAGAUUAAUUGGUCAAAAAAGAGUAGCUGUUUUUGCUUUAGUUAUGAUUAUCUUUUGUACUUUAUUCGUAGCUGCAAUUUAUUACACUUUUUUCAAGAUGGGAGAUCCUAAAAUUUUUAUUUACAAAAAUGAUAUCUUCCUUACAAAAUGUCCAAAGUUUACUUUUUAAAUUGGUAAUAUUUGCCAUGAUGAAUGUCCAGAAAGAAUGUAUUAAAGAGGAGAGGAAUGUGUUUCUCAUUGUGGCUCAUCUGAUUUCGUAUUUGAUAAUUUUUGCAUUAUUUCUAAUUGCUUAAUUGAGGAGGAGGAAGAUAAAUUAGUAAAAGGAUAUUUUGACUUUUCUUCCAAGUUAUGCGUUAAAGAAUGCUCCUCUUAAGCAUUUAAAUUUUUAGAUAGAUACUGCUUUGAUUUUGAGUGCCCGAAAGAGGAGAUAUACUAAAUAGUUAAGUAAUACAAUUUAAAGAGAGACGAUUAAGAGUUUGAAUAAGAGUAUGAUCUUCUUCUUAAGACAUAAAAAGAUUUCACUUUGUAAGAUUUUGCUAUUACAUCAAAUAUUACAGGUGAAAAAACUUGUUUACUUGGAUGCACAGAUUAAUUUAAUAAAUAUAUUAAUUUCAACAUGUAUUCUUUUAGAUAUGAAUGCUUAACGAAAUGUCCAUAUGAUAAAUUUUUCAUAAAAAAGCAUGGUUAAAAUAUUUGCUUAGACUCUUGUCCAGAAAAAACUUUUAUUAGUGCAACUUCUAAUGAAUGUGUGGAAUCUUGUGGGUAAUAUGCUGUUGAAAAUAAUAAUUGUAUCCUGACUUGCUAAGAUGGAUUAUUGAAAUUAGGAAAAGAAUGUGUCACUGAAUGCUCAUCUUACUUUCCCUACAUCAACUCAAAAAAAGAAUGUGUGAAAACUUGCUAAAACGAGCCACUUUUCUAAUAUGUUGAUAAAGGAGUUUGCUCCAGCUCUUGUCCAAAAUAUAUUCAAAAAUAAAAGAAUGAACUAGUUUGCAUUGAUAAAUCUUGUGAUUUACUUGGUUCAGACUAAAAAAUGUGUGUAGACAAAUGCAAUGAAAAUGAUAUGAAAAUCGUUUUAAACAACGAACUUUAAUGCUUUGAAAUUAAAUCAUGUGAAAACAAAAUGGAAUUUUUCGUUCCUGGAAUGGGUUGCUAAUCGAGUUGCCCAUAUUAAUAUCCAAUAUAAAUGAAUGGAAUGUGUCUCUAAAAAUGCUUUGAUAAUUGGUCCCUCCACGAAAAUAACUGUAUUGAGUCUUGCCCUCAAUUAUAUCCAUACACUUAAGAUGGUUAAUGCGUCACUUAGUGUGAUGAUAACAAUUUUACUUUUGGAUAUUUUUGCUUUCAAAAGUGCCCUAGUGAUUAUUUUCAAGAUAUAGCUACUAAAACAUGUACUUAGACUUGUGAAGGCUUUUAUAUUGAAUCUAGUAGAGAUUGCUUUGCCUAAUGUCCAUAAGAAGCACCAUAUUCUUACUAAAAAAAAUGUUUAAGUAUGUGCCCUUUAUAAACAUUUGUAUACGUUAAUGAAAAGAAUAUUUAUUAAUGUGUAAAUGUGUGUCCUCCUGAAACUUAUUAGACACCAGAUUCAAAAUGUGUAAAAUAAUGUCCUUAAAAUUUAUACACAUUGAAGGAAACGAAACAGUGUGUUUAAAAAUGUCCAAUUAUCUCAGAUGAAAACAGGGUUUGUAAAAAUAACUGCACCUCUAAGCAACGCUAUAUAUAAGGAGAAGAUUAAUGCUAUGAAGAAUGCCCAUCAAGAUAUUACAAGAUGGAAGCCACCAAUGAAUGUGUAUUAUCCUGUCUUUUCCUUACAUACAAACCUGCUUAAGGAGAAAAUUAAUGCGUUUAAUAAUGCAGCAAUAUUUAGAAAUUUUAACUUCAUAUGACAUGUGUAGAUAAGUGCCCGAUGUUUUUCUUAAAUAAUCUUUGUUAUGAUUAUUGCCCUCUUUCUAAUCCUUAUUAUCAAGAUAAUGAAUGUGUCAAACAGUGCUCUCUAGGAAGAAUUCAACAAGACAAUUAAUGUCUAACAUAAUGUCCUGACGGUUUAUUCUAUGUUGAAGGUUUGAAGAAAUGUCAGAAGUCGUGCCCACAGGACUUUUAUAUUGACGUAGAAAAUAAAUCUUGCAAAUAAACAUGUGAAGGGUUUACAAUAGAAAAUAAAUGUGUUAAAUAAUGUCCUUUUUAUUCUACUUAAAUGGGAAAAUAAUGCUGGCUUAAUAGUCCUCAAUAUCCAGGACCUUAUCUAUUAAAAGACGGAACAAUUUUGCAAGAAUGUAAUUUUGAAAAAGGAUACUAUUCUAACCAAAGAAUGUGCAAUAAAUGUAAUGGAGGAGAUCAAUGUAAGAAAUGUUCUUAAUUUUACGGAAUAUGCUUGGAAUGUGAAUAAUAAUUCAGCUUGUAUAAUAAUUCUUGUUAUAAAUCAUGUCCAGAUGGCUACAUUUCCUAACAAGGAGUAUGCAUAAAAGAUGAUAAAUUCUUAAAAAAUAACUUAUUCUUUAGGGAAUAUAACAAUAGUAACUACUUCGGUGCAGGCUAAAAAAUAAAAUACUCCAUCCUUUAAGAUGUUUAAUUCAUCAACGAUUAUGAUAUUGAUUUUAAUAAUUAGAAUAAUAAUAAUAAUUAUACUCAUACAGUUAUAGUUCAUCUGCAUGAUCUCAAUUCUACUUAUUUAGACUUCUAUUCAUAUCCGUUCUCAUAAAAUAACUCAGAUUCAUUUAUAGAAAAUUUGAAGCUAUAAGUAAUUGAUUAAGGUAUUUCAAUAAUUACAGUUUAGUCACCUGAUAUUUUAUACUUUAGUAAUUUCUUUGAUUUCGUUUUGUCGGAGCUACUUCCAUCACUAAGUUAUUUCAAAGCUAAUGUGGUCUUUUCAGGCGUUGGACUAGCAUCUAACUCAAUAGUAUAACAUGUUAGCAAUAUUCUUAAUAACUAACAGGGUGAAAUGUAUAGACGUAUUUUAGGUAAUUAUAUGAUUGAUAUGCAAGAAGGAUUCGAAGGAGAUUCUUUCGUGAAAGAUUUUACACAAAAUCAAUACUAAGAAUUUUAACAGUUAUUAGCUUCUGAUGAAGAUGUAUACAAAUAAGUUCCUUAGAUUUGUAAGAUAUUUACACCUUACAUAAGAUUAAAUGAUAUAGUAACAAUUAAGAGAAACUAAAAAUCUGCAGAGAAUCUAACAAAUGUCAUUUCAAUAAUCGGAAUUAGAAAUAGCUGUUAAAAUAUAAAUAUCAAACCUUAAAACUCCCUUAAAGAUUUUUAAAGAGAAAAAAAUUAAUAAUAAUAUAACAGAGUUAUUCUAUCAGAACAGGAAUAUGGAUCAGAAUAAAGAAAAAGUGCUAUCUACAAACAUAUAUCAGAAAAUUUACUAUAAGAAGUUAGUUCAUGGAUUAAUAGUGAAUCAAUGCAAACUUCAAAUCUGAAGCUAAACUAAUUACUUUGA